AUGUCAAAGGAAAACCAGUCCUCUGAGUCGUCCCCCCCAUCCGAAAAGGUAUCAGAAAGAGAUGAAUCUCCUGCGGAAGAGACUCGUGAAGAGCCUGCAAGCUCUCCGUGGUGGUCUUUUGGACUAGUUUCCGCGGCUGCAGCAGCUGCUGCUGCUGCAGUGACUGGCUCGGACAGGGCCAGCCCGGGGAGCCCUGCAGACGAGGCAUCGGGCGAUGAGCAGGAAGACUCAGGAGCAGCAGACAGAAGAGGAGCGGCAACAGGAGAUGCAGCAGCCAAAGAUGGGGAAACCGGAGCCACUGUACGGUUUCAUCCGGAGGCGACGGCGGGGGGAAAGGGAGCAGGAAGGCGACGGAGGGUGCGAGAGGACGCAGUAGCCAACAUGGGCUUCGUGGAGCUAGUGGAGAACUUGCUGCUGACACACGACAGCAGCAGCAGAAGGAGCUACAGGAGCAGCAGCGUCGGGAGCAUCAUAACGGAGGCCAGCGAGCCAGACAGUGAGGUUGACUCAACAGAGCCUCAGAGAGAAGAGGAGGGUUUGGACCAGGAAAGCUGGGAAUGGGAAGCGGAGGAAAUCUCGGCCUUUGCAUCCCAAAUUCACAUGAAGAUGAGGCAGCAGUUAGAACAGGAGGCGGCCUUUGUAGAGCUAGGUUUCAAAAGCGGCAUUGCUGUAAUGACAGGUGCACUUGGCAUCGAGGAUGAUACCAAGAUGCUGUUGCGGGAGGGCCGUCUCGCGGGGCUUGGUUUGACGCCUCUCGAUGAUGAGACACAGACAAGCAUACAGCGAAUAGACCUUAGCAUGCUUUUGACGCUUACUCCACAGAACUACGAGCAAUGGAAGAAAUCACUUUGCCUCGUUCCCCCGCAGCCCGUGCUCAGUGUUCGCUCUUCUCACCGUCAUUCCAACAGAAGCCGUCUAGUAAGCCCUACUGGCAUCUCGGACCAACUGCGAUCCCCUCUGUUCAAAAUGCACCGCGAGUUGGCGCGACUGGGAAGUACUAGCAGCGAGGACUCUGUCUCGGACUCUGAUACGGAACAGAACAGCAGUGCAGUGAACAGCAGCAGUAGCAGCAAGCACGUUGACCUCCCGUUAGCCGCAAAUGCAACAAAUCCAUCGGGGGGCGCCAAACCCUCUUCCCAACGCACUUUGGGAGUCCCUGGAGGGGUCAAGCCUGAGGUACCCCCGCUGCCCACGGGGGUCCCUCGGCUGCACUUAGGUCCCACUCUUUCGGUCACUGUGCCAUCAGGGGAUUGCCCGUCUCCCUCUUCUGGGGUAUCCUCUAGCCUGCCGCCUGCUGGGGGCUCGAGCCUGCAGGUGGGGGGGCCCAGUUGA